UGUGAAUGGGUCUGUUGUCUAGGUGUUCUGAUUGUGAAUGGGUCGGUUGUGUGAUGGUUUUGAUUGUGAAUGGGUCGGUUGUCUGGUGGUUCUGAUUGUGAAUGGGUCGGUUGUGUGAUGGUUGUGAUUGUGAAUGGGUCGGUUGUGUGAUGGUUUUGAUUGCGAAUGGGUCGGUUGUGUGAUGGUUCUGAUUGCGAAUGGGUCGGUUAUGUGAUGGUUGUGAUUGUGAAUGGGUCGGUUGUGUGAUGGUUGUGAUUGUGAAUGGGUAGGUUGUGUGAUGGUUCUGAUUGUGAAUGGGUCGGUUGUGUGGUGGUUCUGAUUGUGAAUGGGUCGGUUGUCUGGUGGUUCUGAUUGUGAAUGGGUCGGUUGUGUGAUGGUUGUGAUUGUGAAUGGGUCGGUUGUCUGAUGGUUCUGAUUGUGAAUGGGUCGGUUGUGUGAUGGUUGUGAUUGUGAAUGGGUCGGUUGUGUGAUGGUUGUGAUUGUGAAUGGGUCGGUUGUCUGAUGGUUGUGAUUGUGAAUGGGUCGGUUGUGUGAUGGUUGUGAUUGUGAAUGGGUCGGUUGUCUGAUGGUUGUGAUUGUGAAUGGGUCGGUUGUGUGAUGGUUGUGAUUGUGAAUGGGUCGGUUGUGUGAUGGUUGUGAUUGUGAAUGGGUCGGUUGUCUGAUGGUUGUGAUUGUGAAUGGGUCGGUUGUGUGAUGGUUGUGAUUGUGAAUGGGUCGGUUGUGUGAUGGUUGUGAUUGUGAAUGGGUCGGUUGUCUGAUGGUUCUGAUUGUGAAUGGGUCGGUUGUCUGGUUGUUCUGAUUGUAUAUAAUUGUCUAUUUUUCUACAGAAUUUCUCAGAUUGGUUCUGAGCUCCUGUUUUAAAUAAAGUUUUAUUCAGAUUUCCGGAGUCCUUUUCUUCCUGAUUCCAGUGUAUCACUUGGUUCUGAUCCACCACAGUUGUCUAAAGACAAAUAGGUCCAGUUCAUUUCGGGGGUUAGAGUUCUGUUCCAAUCAGGUUCUGUUUGUUAAAUGUAGUUUAAAUAGUUUCCAUCUAAGGAAACCGGGCUGAUUGGAUCAGGUUCUGGGGAGACAUGUAGUUACAGCAGAGAGGAAACCCUCCAACAGAACCAGAAGGCAGAAACACAGCAGCACUUCUGUGUGCUUUGGCCCUAGACGCUAUUUCCAGGUUAGAACCUCCUGGUUUGUCUCGUUUUUAGGGUUCAUUCUUCAGAACUAUCUGGAUCCUGGAUAGAUCAGACCCGGUUCUUCUGGCUUUGGGUCGGUGUGAUGAACAGAACCUCCGUUCUCACUGGCGCGCGCGCACUGUUUGCUCAGCAGCGCAUCACGAUCAGCCUCUGACGUCACCUCGGUGAGCUGGGCCAAUCAGGAUCGGCCGGACUGGGACUGGGUCCGGUUCGCCGCAGCUGGACCUGCAGAGGGGAGCGACUUGUGGAGCAUCGGGAUCUUUGCGGACCGGGACCGGAUUUCCUGCAGCUUCCAGGAUGAUCCGCGGAUCCCAGGAGUUCUGAUGGAGCCCCGGAGUUCUGGAGUCCGACCCAUGUGCGCCCUGACGCUGCUGCUGGUGUCGGUCUGCCCGCUGUGCUGCAGGGCCAACUGGAUGUGGCUGGGUGUGACCCCUCCGGAUGACCCGGAGCAGCUGUCCUGCGGUGACCCGGUGCUGAGCGCCCGGCAGCGGGAGCUGUGCCGCAGGAAGCCCUUCCUGCUGCCCAGCGUCCGGGACGGAGCCCAGCUGGCGGUAUCAGAGUGUCAGAACCAGUUCCGCCGGGAGCGCUGGAACUGCUCCACGACCCGGGAGCCCACGGCCGUGUUCGGCUACGAACUGACGAGCGGAACCAAAGAGACGGCGUUCAUCUACGCCGUGAUGGCGGCAGGCCUGGUUCACUCCAUCACCCGCUCCUGCAGCCAGGGCAACAUGACGGUGUGCGGCUGUGACGCUCACCUGCGAGGCAGCGGUGGGGGCGAGACGGCAGCCGAAGCGUGGCAGUGGGGGGGCUGCUCGGACAACAUCCAGUUUGGAACCUGGUUCAGCCGCAAGUUCAUGGAGCACUCUGUUAAGAACCUGUCGAGCCUGACCAGUUACACGCUGAGCACCAUGAACCAGCACAACAGUGAAGCCGGCCGACAGGCCAUCGAGAGGACCAUGUCCACAGAGUGUCGCUGUCACGGCAUUUCUGGUUCCUGCGGCGUGAAGACCUGUUGGAGGUCAAUGGCGCCGUUCAGACGCGUCGGCUCUUACCUGAAGGAGCGAUACGAGCAGAGCAUCCAGAUGUCGAACCGCUCCAGGAAGAAGAUAAGGAAAAAGGACCAACGCCGUCCGCUCAACAAACACCAACUCAUCUACCUGAACAAGUCUCCGAACUACUGCCUGGAGGACAAACGGCGGGGCAUCGCUGGCACCAGGGGGCGCCGCUGCAACAGGGCGUCCUCCGGGCCGGACGGCUGUAACCUGCUCUGCUGCGGCAGAGGCUACAACACUCACGUGGUGAGGAACAUUGAACGCUGCGAGUGCAAGUUUGUUUGGUGCUGCUUCGUCCGCUGCAGGCGGUGCGAGAGCAUGAACGACAUGCACACCUGUAAAUAGGUCCAGGCCCGUUAAGGACGUCACACCUUCGGCAUCUGGGAGUAAAGCAGAGACGAUCCCAUAUGGACGGAGACUUCCCGCCAGGUCAGGGUGAAUAUCCAGGUCCAACAGCUGCUGGUCAUUUAAAGGCUGCAUGACUGGAAGCAGCCUUAAGGCUGGACUCGGACCUCCUCCAGGUCUUCUCUGUGCCGCCUGUGCAGACCAAACAAGGACUUUGAGUAGAACCAGUGAUCUACCAAUAACAUUUGGUUUAGAGUACCAGUAAAAGUAUCUUCAGCUGUGUACUUGUCGAUAACAAGUGCUUAGGAUACUAAUACACAGUCCAGUUUAUGUUGGCAUAGUAGAACCUGUGAUUUAAUGACGUAGAGCUGACAGAACCACACCGGUGAAAACUCUGGGAGACCCUCUUAAACCACCAGCUGGGGCUGAGGGGGCUUUGGAUCCAGCAUCGGACCCAGUUUCUCCAUGUUUAGCCUCAUCCCAACCUCACGCAUCUUUCACGUACAUGAUGGCCGGGCUAGUGCGACCCGAUUCUGCAUGCAUGGAGACCAAUAUGCUAUUUAAGAUUCAUCCAGGUCAUAGUCAUUCCAAAAAAAGUAAAAAAAAAACAAUCCACUGGACUUUGUUUCUAAGUUUGAAGACAUUUAGCUUCCCAUCCAGGAAGCUUUUUCAGUUCAAAAUGUCAGAAAUAGUGUUGAGUUCAAGGUUUUAUACAGUAGUACAUCAAGGUACAAUGCCUGGAUGGGUUCCAGCUCAUCAAGUUCUCCAUGUGAGCUGCAGCUCUGAACCAACUCGUUUCUAAUCACUGGUUUUUCUCUGAACAAGCAAAUAAAUAUUUGUUUUUGUCAAUAAACUUUAUUUAUGUCCAGAACUUGCUGUCGGGUUGUUUGUCCCGGUUGGUUUAGCCUGGAUCACGGUCAGGGUAAGUCUCCAGGACCUUAGUGCCUUAGAGCUGCAGUCUGUGGUAGAGCAGAAGGAUGAAGAUCUGGAUUUACCUCAACUCCUGUAGUCCUGACAUAUGGAUCGGACCUGGAAGAACCAGAUACUGAAUACAGCAGCGUCCUCUGUAGAGUGGCUGGAUCGCUCCAGCAGAACCGUUCCUGCCUCCCAGGACCUGCUGCAGAUGUUCCUGUGGGAAGAUUCCUCAGAGAUCUCCUCUGCUGCUGGUCCCAAAAGAGGUCACUGGGCUGGGUCAGGACCGCCCAAACCUUCAGCAUUUGG